UAAGCCUUUUUCUCUUUUCUUUUAGGCUCCAAAUCAGACAAAUCCUCUUUGCAAAUUUCAUCUCACUCUCUGUCUUCUUUAUCUCUCUUCUUUCUCUCUCCUCUCUUUCUCUCUCUUAGUGAUUCAACUUCUGCUGUUGAAGAAGAAGUAGAGUAUUUGAGCUCAUUUUAAACAGGUUGAAAUUUGCAUUUGGAAGACUUGUUAGUACUUCGUUGAAGAAAGUGUGGACACCUAUCUUAAAGUUUAAGGUACUCAAGCUCUCCUGUUUUGCCUCAUUGGAUGUAUAGAAGCUAAGGAAAAGUUGAGGUGAAAAGCUAGACAAGAUGGCAAAGAAGAGACAACUCAUAAAAUCAUUUUUCCAAAAGCAUACUGAUCCUGAACAGCAUGAGAAACUGAAACAAACCCGAAAAGAUAUGGAAGAGAAGAAGAAAAAAUUACUGAACCUUGUGGAGACCCACGAAGAAAAUGAUGGAUCAAAAAAAGGCCCCAUUGCUGAACUGAUUGAGGAUUUUCAUAAACAGUAUGAAUCACUCUUUUCUCACUAUGAUCAUCUCACUGGAAAACUGAAGGAGAAGGUUGACAAGCCACGGCGAGAGGAAGAAAAGGAGAAAUUUUCGUCGUCCUCAGAUUCUGACUCUGACUCUGAUCAUUCCUCCAAGGGAAAAGGAAGCAAAAAUGGAAAAUUAGAAGAUGAAAAUAAAGCCAUUAGUGGACUCCAACAAGAGCUUGAAGCAUCAAAACUCGAAGUUGCAGAUCUUAAGAAUGAGCUGGCCGCUAUAUGCAAUGAGAAAAUCGCUCUUGAAUCAGAGUACAAGGAAGUAUUAACCAAGCAACAAGAUUCAGACAGAACUGUAGAAGAUUUGAAAGUGGAGGUUCAAAGAUUAGAGGAACUAAAAUCGAAAUUAGAGAACUCUGUCAAGACAGAAGCUGUAAUGAGUCAACAAAUUGAAGAACUGAUCAAAGGGAAAGAGAAUCUAGCCACUGAGAAAGAAGAAGCCAUCGAAAGAUAUGAAGAAGAAAACAAAAAUGUUGAAAACCUAAAAGGCGAGGUCGAUCAGUUGCGAAGUGAGAAAAAGAGCCUUGAACUUAAAUUGGAGACUCUUGUGCAAGAAACGUCUCUAAUAAAACUGGAACUAGACUCGUCACAACAAGAAACAGAGAAGUUGAAGGAGUCAAUGAAAGCUGUUGAAGAGGAAAAUCAAUCUCUUUCUCUGAAAAUCUCACAGAUGACUGAUGAACUCAAUCUAGCACAGAAUUCCAUGGAAGAGCUGAAAACAGAGUGUAGCAACUACAAUGAGAAAUUGUCCGAGCGGGAAAGAGAGUUCUCGGAUCUAAGCGAGAGGCAUGACGCACAUACAACUGGAGCUUCGGAACAAAUAAAGGCACUGGAAGAACAGACAAGCAAUUUGAAACUGGAACUAGACUCGUCACAACAAGAAACAGAAAAGUUGAAGGAAUCAAUGAAAGCUGCUGAAGAGGAAAAUCAAUCUCUUUGUCUGAAAAUUUCACAGAUGACUGAUGAACUCAAGCUAGCACAGGAUUCCGUGGAAGAGCUGAAAGCAGAGUGUAACAACUACAAUGAAAAAUUGUCCGAGCGGGAAAGAGAUUUCUCGGAUCUAAGUGAGAAGCAUGAUGCACAUACAACUGGAGCUUCGGAACAAAUCAAGGCACUGGAGGAACAGACAAGCACUUUGAAACUGGAACUAGAAUCGUCACAACAAGAAACAGAAAAGCUAAAGGAUUCAAUGAAAGCUGCCGAAGAGGAAAAUCAAUCUCUUUCCCUGAAAAUUUCUCAAAUUACUGAUGAACUCCAACACACACGGGCAACCAUGGAAGAGCUGAAAACAGAGCAUACCAACUCCAAUGAAAAAUUGGCUGCACGGGAGAUAGAAUUCUCAUCCCUGAGGGAGAUGCAUGAUGCACAUACAACUGGAGCUUCAGAACAAACAAAGGCGAUGGAGGAGCAGAUAAACAGUUUGAAACUGGAAUUGGAGACAUUGAUGAGUGAAAAAAGAGAAAAAGAUGAUCAGUUUGAAAGUAAAUCAGAAGAAGCCAGACAGUUAACUGAGGAGGUAGCAGAGUUGAGGGAGCAGAUUUCACAAGUGGAGAUGAAGUCAAAGGAGAUAGAAGAGCAGAUAUCUUCUCUCCAGAAUAAACUGGAGGUUGCUGAGAAUGAGUCAAAUUCGAAAACUGAAGAAUUAAACAAUUAUAAAAAAGAAAUAGAAAAUUUACAUGCUGAGAAAAGUCAACUGGAGGAACAGCUGGCAGGAAGAAAUAGUGAAGCAUCAGAUCAAAUCAAGGAACUACAGGACCAGAUCACCUCAUUGGAGAAAGAACUGAAGACCUUACAAUUUCAGGAAAGAGAGAUGAAAUUGGAUCUUGAGAGAAAAGAUGAAGAUAUUGCGGAGUAUCGGAUACAAGUAGAAGGUUUGCACGAGAAACUAACUAGCAGCGAUGCUCUUCUGAAACAAUUUUUUGAAGAAAAGGAGACUCUUGAAGCCAAGUUGAAGGGCCGAGAUCUGGAAGUGGAAACGCUAAACAGCCACAAAACAGGACUGGAAGAGCAAUCUAGGUCAAGCAGCAAUGAGACCACUCAACUAAAAGAGGAGAUAUCAAGGUUACAAGACAGGAUUCAGGAGCUAGAGAAGGUAUUACAGGAGAAAGAAGAUGAGUCAUCUGUCAUCCAAAGAAGGCUAGAGGAUGGAGAAAAUGAAGCAUCUUCCAAAAUUGCAGCUUUAAUGACAGAGAUCGGCAAUUUGAAGCAGGAAUCUGAAGAAAUUCAAAACUUAAAAAGCCAGAUGGAGGCACAGAUUGAGAAGGAGAAAGAGGAAUAUAUCAAGGACCUGAACCUGCUAGAAACCGAGAAUGCUGAACUUAAAAGCAAAAUUGAAGAUUAUAUCAGGAUAUCAAAAGAAUUAGAGGAUGAAUUGAACAAUAGCAAGGAGCAGUGCGAGCAUCUUGAAACCCGUGUUCAAGAGAGUGAGGUGGAACUCCAGGAAGCAGAAAGAAAGCUUAAGGUAUUGAAGGAAGAUUUGAGCAUGGAUUCAGAAUCAAAAGAUGAGAAAAUUUUGGAGCUCGAGGUACUAGUUGAAGAUCUGAAAAGAGACCUAGAGGUGGCUAUAGAUGAAGAAAAGACUGCUUGGGAGAAAACCCGCACAAUUGAAGUCCAGCUUCGUCUAGCAAACCAAAAACUCAGGGUCACAGAACAACUACUAAGUGAAAGAGAAGAGAGUUUCAAGAUUGCGGAGCAGAAAUAUCAAGAAGAGUGCAAAGAGCUAGAAGACAAGAUUGCUAGGCUAUCUGAAGUACUUGCUGCAAAUAAUGAAGCUUAUUGUGGAAUGAUUAUCACUCUCUCAGAAAAUGUGAAAAAAUCACUUGCUGGAAUGGAAUCCAUCACGAGUAAGUUUGAGGAGGAUCAUGAGAAGUUCUCCAGCAUCAUCUUUCAUAUUUCGGAAGAGGUUCAAAUUUUGAAGCAUUGUGCCAUAGGGAAGAAUGUUGAGAGCGAGCAGUUAAAGGAGCAACUAAGCACUCUGACUGAACAACUAAAGAAUGAGAGAGAAGAAGGAACAAUGAUGAGAAAUAAGAUCAGUAAGUUGGAAGUUCAGGCUGACAGUGAAAAGGGAGAAAAAGAUAAGUUAUUUACCGAAGUAAGCGAGCUGAAGAAGGCAGUAGGAGAGAUGGACAGGGGAUUGAAAGAGAGAGAUGAGCGGCUACUUACCCUCGCAGAGGAGAAACGUCAAGCCAUAAUGCAGCUGUGCUUGUGGUGUGAUAAUGUGUGGGCCCAGUACGAUGAGCUGAAGAAGAUCGUCUCCAAGACAACUUCACAGAAAAGGCAGAUUAGAUAGAAGAAAACUUUUCGGUAAUUUUGUUUGCGGAGGGUCAUAUGCAUUUCAAUUUUGGCUUUUAAUUAUUGUUUUACUGUGUCAGUCGGGGGGGAAGGGGAGGGGGGAUUGUCAUGUGUGUAAUAUAUAGGGUGUAUAUCCUUGUCUUUGUCUUUUUGAAUGUAGAGAUUUUUGGUGCCUGUCUUCUGAACAUGUAGAGAUUUUUGUGUGUGUAUUCAAUCUGGGUAUCUGGGACUGGAUUAAAUUCUUUUACCUGAUAUCAAAAUAAAUGCCUUGAUUGUAUUAUUUA